AUGAUAUAUAGAAUUGUACUAAAUAUAUUAAUAAAGGAACCAAUCGAUUAUUUAACUAUUAAGAAGAUGGACUAUACUAGAGCAACUGAAGUGGCUAAUGACACUAACUUAGAUGUUGGAACUACCCAACAUAAGCUUGUUUCUCCACAUGGAGGUCUUACCCGGAUGGAUAACGACCAUUCGAGUUCUCAGGUUGUAAAGGAAACCCUUCAAUCAAAUAUUGAGAUUCCUAAUGAGAACACAGAUGUUUUCAUUAGAACAUUUAAAAAUCGUUUAAGCACCCUAGAGGGCUUAUACGAAAAGACUAUGAUGAAGCAUGACGAAUUUCUUAACUCAAUCGAAGCUGGUGACUAUUUAAGCAAAAUCACUAAGCUGGAAGAGGAAGAAAAAGGUCUUGAGCUGAACAUAGAAAAAUUAAGGACGAAAAUCAUUGAUAGAGAAGGACUGUUAAAUAACAGAACCACUGCUCAUACAAGAACGUCCAUUAAUAAUACUGUAACAAACGGCAGUAACAAGGAAGAAGGUAAUCAACAAACUAACUUGAUGAACAAUGGAUCAUUAAUGUUCAAGACAUUAAAUGGUAAAGAAGUUGUUAUCAAUAAGAAUUACCUUCCACUUAAUAUUGAAUUUAAACUAAUCAAUAUUGAGGACCUUCCGUUGUGGAUCAAGGAAUUCGUUAAAUUCCUAAAUUAUUACAAUUUAGAUAAUUUAAAUGAAUUGCCAGAAUCUACAAUAAUUGACCCUGUAGAAGAUCAAUUCAUAAAGGGUCAACUCAAGGAAAAUAUCAAGUGUGAAGAUAUAUAUGACUUUAUCUUCAUGGAGAAUAGUUCCAUUAAAAUCUUAAACGAAGUUAAGAGAAUUUUCUUAAGAAAACUUAACUUUGCCAAACGCCAAAAAUUAUGGAAACAAGUGUCAAUCACUGAGAAAUCCAAUAAUUUGGCUUUACAACUAAAUUUAUUGAAUAAAUUAGUUGGAAUUGAAGAAUUCAUUGACACCAAUAAGAUGGAAAUCUUCAAUUUGAUUAUCAAUAGGAUUAACAAUCAAGUAUUGCAACGAAUUAAUGCAGUACCUAUUGAUCUAUCAAAAAUAACUCCUACUCAAUAUCUAGGAAUUAUUAAAAAACACGCAGAGGAUGCUUUUGAAUUUCAUGAACAAAUAAAGCAAUUUUAUUCAUCUGAACGAGAAGAAGCCAAAUCUAACUCUAAAAAUCCAGAAACUCUUAGGCCUAUUGUAAAAAAGGUACAGAGAAAUCCAGUACAAACGAAAAUAUCCACAAAGAAGAAUCAAUUAAAAUCAGCUGUGGAUACAGUAAUUGAUUCAGGAUCUGGGAUUAACUUCACCAAUAAAAAGGGAUUAAUUUUCAAUUAUAGAAAAUUAACAACAAUCCCUGAAUAUUCUGGUGUCGGAUCUUCAAGCAAUCUGCAGAUCAUUGGACAGGGGUCCUUAAGAGUUAGAAUGGAUAAUAACGGAAAAUAUCAAUACAUUCCUGUUUACUACUGUCCAGAUGAAGAUGCAACAGUUCUGUCAGCCAUUGGCCUUCGCAAAACACUUGGUUUUAUAAUUACCGAAGAUUACAAAAAUCUAAAGAAUGACAGCAUUAGUAUUAAAAUACAUAACGUAGCCAAUACUACCUGGAUAAAGUCUAAUGAUUUACUAUUAUCUUCCAAAGAUAAUAGGACUUCGGAAAAAUUAACGAAGGCGUCAUCCAUAAGAUGGAUUAAACCUUCGACAAGCUUUAAUAAUAAAACUGUGACUAUACAUGAAGCACAUGAAAGAUCAAAUCAUCUUCCUGUAGAUGUCAUAGUUCACAAUAUUGAAAAUAAUGCUUUUUCAGAUGUUAACAAAAUCAACUUAAAAAAAUCAGAGCUGAUCAAUUUUUACUGUGAGCAAUGUGCUCAAGCAAAAAUGAAACAGCAUGAUCAUAUCAAGGACUCCAUGAAUAAACACUACGAACAAAUGCAACCAGGACAAUCCUGGAGCUUAGAUAUUCGUGGUCCUUUAGGAAAGAACCUUGCAAAAGUUGAUAACUACUUAUUAUUGAUGGUAGAUAAUGUUUCAAGAUUUUUACUAGUAUCCACACAUACGAAUAAAAAUAAAGAAACCAUUUCUCUGCAAAUCAAAAAUAAUAUACAGUACAUCGAAAAGCAAUAUGAUCGAAUUGUAAAAGAGCUUAUUGUUGAUAGAGGGUCUGAAUUUACUAAUGAUUCUCUAAAAACAUAUGUAUCGGAGAAAGGUAUUAAAUUAAUGCUUACCGAUACAAACGACCAUGCUUCCAACGCUCGUGCAGAAAGAUUCAUUGGUAUUAUGAACAAUGAUAUUAGAACAUUAAUGCAUAACAGUGAUCUUCCUUGGGCACUCUGGAAAUAUGCAGCUCUUGCAGCUGCUAGAAUCAGGAAUUUGUUCAUGACUAAGAAGUUAAAUUGUAGUCCAAUGACCACAUUAUCAGGAAAGAAUGAACAAAUUCGAUUUAAUUCCUUCUUACCGUUCGGUGCGCAUGCGUUCGUAAAAAAUCAAACAAACAACAAGUUAACCAAUCAAGGUAUACCAGCCAUAACCUUGUGUAAGGAUCCAAAUUCCUUUGGUUACUUGUUCUAUCUACCACAAACUCGAAAAGUCAUUAGUACUAUGAGUUAUAUAUUGGCUAAUUCUGAAGUAAACGGUGAUUUCAUAGAUCCAAAUAAGGUCUUAAGUGAAAUCGUUCCUGAUAACGAUGACACAAAUGAAGUCACAUCAGAAGAUGCUCUUGAAAUUGAGGCUGAACCCAGUAAUGCUGAUGACAUUACUAUUAUCGAAGGGAUUGAAAAUGACACUCAGUAUAAAAUUCCGCCCAAUAUUCAAGAAGACACUGUCUAUGGUCUGGAUACUAUAAAUAUUAAUGACAACCAAAAGGUUUCUGACCACACUCGCUCGUCGACCGCCGAUGAGGAGGUCAAAGAACCUACAUUGGAACAGGACACUUCGAAUACUUCAGACAACCAUUCUGUCCACGAAGCUCAUAUGUCUACUUUACCAAAGGACAUGCCUACUGCAACUUCACAUAUUGAUAUUUUGCCAGACAGUGUCGCAGAAAGUGAGCCCGUUAAAAAUGUCUCUGAUCAAGAGCUGCUGUUAAUCAACCGUUUCGAUAAUAAGAAUUCGGACAAGUUUCCCAGCACCGAAGCCAUGAAACAGAGAAGGACAAAGCUGUUUCUCAAAGAAUUUGCUUCAAUCACUAGACGUCCAUUAAAGUCUCGGAAACGUGAACUUACCACCUUGGAUCUUGAGGAAUUUGAAGCAGCGGAGGAACAGAAGAAAAAAAUCAAGUUACGUUCUGUACAAGCAGUCAAUAAAAUUAGAACUUUAUAUUUUAAGACUGCUAUCACCAAUAAUACAGACGUUCGAGAACGAAAACUCUUUUCGGAAGCAUUUGAGAAAGAACUACAAAAUCUUUUGAAGAUGCAAGUUUUUGACACAUCAAUCUCCAUUCCUAGAAAUCAAGUCCCAGCUAACCGAAUUAUACCUCUUCAGACUAUAUUUACGGUGAAGCGUGAUGGGACUCAUAAAGCUCGUAUUGUUUGCCGAGGGGACAAACAAACGGAAGCCACCUACAGUAACUAUCAUACAGAUCUUCUUCAAAUUGAUACUUUGAAAUUGUUCCUGAUGAUAGCCAAUAACCGUAAGAUGUGGAUACAGACUUUAGAUAUAAAUCAUGCAUUUUUGUAUGCUGAUUUACGGGAGGAGAUAUAUGUUCCACUUCCACACGAUAGGAGAUUUGUGACACCGUUAAAAAAGGCACUUUACGGUUUAAAACAAAGUCCUAAGGAAUGGAAUGAGCAUCUAAAAAAAUUCCUGAACAGUAUUGAUCUGGAUGACUCCAGACAUACGCCAGGUAUAUUCAGAAAUCACGAUUAUAGCAUCAUGAUAGCUGUAUAUGUAGAUGACUGUGUCAUAGCUGCUAAAAGUCAGGAACUUCUAGACGAGUUUGUUUCCACCUUAAGAAACAGAUUUGAGCUUAAAAUUAUUGGAAAAAUGAAUCAAGGCAUUCUACGUACAGAUGUACUAGGAAUGGACCUUGAUUAUAAUAUUGAUGAAGGUAAAAUCAGCCUAUCAUUGCAAUCUUACAUUGAAAGUAUUGAAAAUGAUUGGCUUGAUAAAAUUAGUCAUAUUAAAACUACUUCUACUCCACAUGUUUCAUCCUAUGAACACAACAUCAAAAACAUUGAUUCUAUGGACACUAAAACAAGAUCUAAAAAGAUCAAUGAACUGCAGAAGAUAAAUGGCGUGAUUAACUAUAUUAGAUCUAGAUGUAGAUAUGAUGUAGAGUUCGCUGCCAAUAAACUGGCCAGGAGUGUGAACUUUCCAGCAGACAACGUUUUUUACAUGGCUGAUAAACUUAUGAACUAUAUUUUCCAAACUAAGUCAGAAAAACUUGUGUUCACAAGAGAAACCACUGAUAACCCGGCCAUAACUCUGCUAUCUGAUGCCUCACUGGGUACGGAACAUGACAUGAAGUCCAGAAUGGGCAUAAUGUUAUGGUAUGGAGAGAACCUCUACAAAGUCAUUUCAAGAGCCUCCUCAGCUGUCAGAAACUCAUCUACUGAAGCUGAACUGGACGCUAUCUAUGAAGGAUCUAAAGAGGCAUAUUAUCUAAAAAAGAUUUUAGAAGAAAUGAACCUACAAAAAGAUCCAACUGUCAUUUCCAUUACAGACAGCAAACCUAGUAUUCAAUAUCUAAAGAACAAUUAUAACUCCAACAGAAGAGAUAGAUUCCUGGAUUUGAAACUAGCUAAACUCGAAGAACGGAUACGAGCAGAUGACUUACUAAUAUAUAAAAUUGCUGGCACUGAUAACAUUGCUGAUGUUUUAACCAAACCGGUUAGUUGUGAAGACUUUAAGAAACUAAGAUCUUCGAUGCAAAACAAAACUGACUCCCAAAGAUAUUCUUACGAUAACUGA